UCUAUCUCUCACCCACACAGCUCACUGGACACGGAGACGGGGCGCGCGGGUACAGGACCUCCGCCAGCUGUGCAGGGUGCGCGCGAUUACCUGCCUUACAGUGCUUAGGCUGCGGAUGGAGCCCAGCUGGAUAAUGCACGCGCAUCCUCCUCAUCCUCAUCCUCAGGGCGCGCUGGGCUGCCCGGACCCCUCCGAGCGCCACGCCAUCGCGGUACAUCACGGCCCCGCGUACCCGGAUCAGCACGGAUCCCUACUGCCCGCAGAGGAGCUGGACAUGUUCCUCAGUCCCGCUGAGCCUCAGGGAAACCCAUACUUCCACACGCACGCGCCGCAGACACACUGUCGAGCGCGCGCGGGCUACAGCUCCGCACAAGCUCGACUGUCCGGUGGUUCCCUGUACAGACCCCCAGUCCUCCACUCUCCACCUUUCCCCUGGAUGGACACCUCGAGAGCGGCUCCUCCUGCGCACCAGCACGCGCCUCCCUGGACUCCCGUUUCUUUCUCUAAAUCGUGUCCGGUGUUCCCGGCUUCCUGUCCGCAGCCCUGCCGCCUGCCCCCCACACCGCCCACCGACACGACCCCAACACCUCUGUUGGACGGCCUGGAGACGGAGAGCUGCGGCCCGAGCGAGCGCGCGUGCACCUAUUACAGCGCGGCGGGAGCGCGAGAGAGCGCAGAGAGACCACCGGGAACAGCCAAGAGCAAACACAGAGCGAGCCCUGGCCGGGAGUGUGUAAACUGCGGGGCGACCUCCACUCCUCUGUGGCGGAGGGACGGUACAGGUCAUUACCUGUGUAAUGCUUGUGGACUCUACCACAAGAUGAACGGCCAGAACAGACCACUCAUCAGACCCAAACGCCGGCUGUCAGCAGCCAGGCGAGCGGGUACUUGCUGUGCAAACUGCCAGACAGCCACUACCACACUGUGGAGACGUAACGCCAAUGGAGAGCCUGUUUGCAAUGCCUGUGGCCUUUACUACAAACUGCACAAUAUGAAUCGUCCACUCACUAUGAAGAAAGAAGGUAUUCAGACUCGAAACAGGAAAAUGUCCAGCAAGUCUAAGAGAAGGAGAGGGGAGAGCUCACACCAUAUGACCAGUAUCAUGAGGGACAAACCACUGGCCUUCAACCACAUUACCAAUACUUUCACCAUGACUCCGCCCAUGGAGUUACAUCCAGCCUUUAGCCACACCCACCAAACUAGUUUGGUUACUGCCAUAGGCUGAUCUUUAGAACUCACCUUCCACAUUAGUAAGACUCACCUGCACACAGACACAGACAAGCCCUUAAUGAACACACAAGUUUUUUCAAAGUUUUUAAAUGAAACAUUUUUGUAUAACCAUUAGCUUUUGUAAAAGCUUCGUGUUUUUUAGGUUUGGCUUUUGAACAUUUUUACAUUUUCACUGCCUGAUUAAGUAAGUAAUAAAUGGCACUUUAACAUGGAAAUUCCAGCAAUAUAGUUUAUAAGAUUCAGUUUUUUACUGUGUAUUCACUGGGCAUUUAUUGUCUUUUGUUGUUCAGUAAUUUGGUAAUUAACCACCUAAUUGUUCCUUAAAUACAAUAACAUUUAGUGUACAGUGGUUCUCAAGCUGGCCCUCAAAGACCCCCUAGAUGGCCCACAUGUGUGCUGUCUCAGCUUCCAACAGAUAGGGUUGGAGCAUAAAUGUGUACCAUCUGAGGGACCCUGAAGACCAGACUGAGAACCAUGGCCAUCUGCCAAUGCACAGUUGUAAAUAUAUAGCCCUUGAUUCGGUCUGAAUAUUGGAGCGGUCAAGUGAAAUGGUUAGCCAUUUCAUGAAUGGAUGCCAAGUUUGAGAGCCAAGCUUAUAAUUCUGUUCAAAACUGAACGUGAGCUGGCAGAUAUAAGUGUACAGCAUUUCGCUCUAUCAUUUGUAUCAUUCAUAUUUUCCAGAAUCUUUACUCACUUGGUUAGCUCUGUAAUAUGUGUGUCUGUGUGUAUGAUAGAGCACUGCAAAAAGUCUUCUGUUAUCCAGUUCUUCCUUAUGCUGCCCCAUUUCCUACUCCACCCAGAUAAGCUUCCUCCAUUAAUUAUGCCCUGUCUUAUGCCUUUAGACCACCAAACAUAUCAGCAUAACAGGCGUAUUCACUUCAGUUUUACAUACAUUUCACCUCUGCCAGGUCACUAACCUGUCUGGUCAUCUACCUGUUUCCCCUCUCUGUGUCUUUAUUAAUCUGAAGAUGGAAACCAGACAGUAAAACGUUGGAUUAAGACUCUGCUUCCUGCCUUGUAAGGGAACAAUGUAGAAAAAGGCCUGAGACUGUUUUAAACUGUUCAUCAUGAUAUUAUUUAAUUAUCAUAAGUAUUACUGUAAUUUAUUUUCUUCCUCUCUUGUCUUGUAUUCAGAGUUGGUAUCAUGUAUGAAUAGUGUCAAAAUCAAAAGAGGUUAUCAUGUGUUUUAGUCAGCACCCAUAAUCGUACACAAUUACAUAAAUACAAUAUACUAAACAUACUUUACUCAUGUUUUAUCAUGUUUCAUCAAGCUAAUACCAUAGUCACUGCAGUGUAUGCCUUCUUAUUUGAUUCUAAGCAUCUUUGAUACAGUAGUUCACAACUCCUGGAGAUCCACAUCUUUGUUGUUCCUCCAUACUCCUGAUUGGGCUUGAAGGGGAACUCCACAGAUUUUUCAGAGAUUCUGCAUAAUUAAAUGGUUAAGAUGUAAACAAAGUUAUUCAGAGUAGUUUGGUGCAAAAUGCUUAAUUCUAGAGAAACUUUGUAAGUCAGAAUUGUUUGCAAUGGUAAUGAUAGGAACUAGAUGUCUGAAGAGUUUAAGGCCUCUAAAAGCUACAUCACAGGCAGU